GAAAAACAAAUUGCAACCUUCUCUUUCUCUUUCAACCAGUCUUGCACCUCCGUCUCUCGGAGGAAGCCCUGCGAGAGUGAUUUUGAAACCAUCAAGUUGAUCAGCAAUGGCGCCUAUGGGGCGGUCUAUUUGGUGCGCCACAAGGAGACUCGCCAGCGCUUUGCCAUCAAGAAGAUCAACAAGCAGAACCUGGUGCUGCGGAACCAGAUCCAGCAGGUCUUUGUGGAGCGCGACAUACUCACUUUUGCUGAAAACCCCUUUGUGGUCAGCAUGUUCUGCUCCUUUGAGACCAGACGCCACCUCUGCAUGGUCAUGGAGUACGUGGAAGGUGGUGACUGUGCGACACUGCUGAAAAACAUGGGUCCGUUGCCUGUGGACAUGGCCCGGAUGUAUUUUGCAGAGACGGUUCUGGCCCUGGAGUACCUCCACAACUAUGGCAUUGUCCACCGGGACCUCAAGCCAGACAAUUUGCUGAUCACCUCCAUGGGUCACAUCAAGCUGACCGACUUCGGCCUCUCCAAGAUCGGUUUGAUGAACUUGACCACCAAUCUCUAUGAGGGCCACAUUGAGAAGGACACCCGGGAAUUCGUGGAUAAGCAGGUUUGUGGAACCCCGGAGUACAUUGCCCCCGAGGUGAUCCUGAUCCAAGGCUACGGCAAGCCAGUGGACUGGUGGGCGAUGGGCAUCGUCCUCUAUGAGUUCCUGGUGGGCUGUGUCCCCUUUUUUGGUGACACACCAGAGGAGCUCUUUGGGCAGGUCAUCAGUGAUGAAAUCAUUUGGCCUGAGGGGGACGAAGCUCUUCCAUCGGAUGCCCAGGACUUGAUCACCCAGCUUCUGCGGCACUGCCCACUGGAGCGUCUGGGCACAGGGGGCGCCCACGAGGUGAAGCAGCACCCCUUCUUCCGCAACCUGGACUGGACUGGACUCUUGCGCCAAAAGGCAGAAUUCAUUCCACAGCUGGAGGCUGAAGAUGACACCAGCUAUUUUGACACUCGUUCAGAGCGCUACCGACACCUGGGGUCUGAAGACGAGGAGACGAAUGACGAGGAGUCCUGUGUGGAGAUCCGGCAGUUCUCCUCCUGUUCCCACCGCUUCAGCAAGGUGUACAGCAGCUCUGAGUACCUGGCCAACCCUCCGGCCCUCGGCUUCCCCUCCUCCUCCUCAGGGGACCAGAGCCAAGGAGAUGACAAGGAUGACCGCUGGGAUCGCAGCUCUGGAGACGAGGAGAAGAGCCGCCGGCCAACCACCGAGACCAGGCUUCAUGCAUGGACUUCCUGUGGGUCCACGGUUCACUCCUUCCGCCAAGAAUGUGACCAUUGGAGCCCUGCGGCCCUGAGCAGUACCUGCAGCCUAGAGGCCAUGCCCAAGUUUGCCUUCUCCUCUGAAGACGAGAGCCCCUCCAGGACUCCGACCAAGUGGGAGCGCCCCGUCUUUGUGGUAGGGGACUCUGAGGCAGCCACUGCACCCCUGAGAACCCCCAGCAAGGCCUCAGCACUGGCAGCUGACUUAGCCAGCCUGAACCGUGUCCGUCUUCGGAGCAACAGCACUGGUGCCAAACAGUCCAUCCCACGGGGUUCGGAGCCCGAGAGUGGGAGGCGGAUGGGGACCCCCAAGGACAGUCUUGGGAAACAGCAGCAGCGCCUGGCAUCGGGUGGGCGUGUGCCCAAAUCAGCCUCCGUCUCGGCCCUCUCGCUAAUCAUCAGCUCAGACGACUUUGCCGGGGGCGCCCUAGUGAGCCCCAUUUCCCCCCGGUCUCUCUCUUCCAACCCUUCCUCCCGGGAUUCCUCCCCGAGCCGGGAGUCCUUGUUGGGCAGCACCACCCUCCGGCCCCCCAUUGUCAUCCAUAGCUCGGGCAAGAAGUACGGCUUCACCCUCCGCGCCAUCCGUGUCUACAUGGGCGAAAGCGACGUCUACACUGUCCAUCACAUGGUUUGGGUGAGCAGAACGGGGUGUGGGGCUGUGGGGCGGGUGCCUGGAUUGCCAAUCCUCAGGACAAGGGGAGAGAAUGCUGCCCCCUAAGUCGCAUCCCUGCGUGUGUUUUUGUUUGCUUUCCUCAUUUGUUAGACCCAGUGCAUUAUCAUUUGAAAGGCACCCUCUGCAGCUAUGGUGCCAUGCAUCAGCACAUCCUAUAAAAUCACCCUUGAAAAAAGAACUUAGAAGCACAGAGUUGAAAGGGACCCCCAGGGGCCAUCUAUUCCAACUCUUUGCCAGGCAGAAACCCACAACUGAAGUACCUCUGAGAGGUGGGCAUCCAUCCCCUGUUUAAACCCACCCCAAAACCCUUAUGAAGCAAAUUAUCCACCUGCUCCCCAGCUUUCUGGAAUCAGAAAAGGAAAAGUGGAGCUUGGAAGAAUUACUUUUUUGGGAGUACAAGUCCCCAAAUCUCUCCCCCCCCCCCCCCAUGUAAUUUUCCCAAGCUCCAGUCCUCCUUCUCAAGGUCCU